UAGAGCACCAAGGACUAAAAAUGCCUGUUAAAGCUGGACAAUCUGAAAUAAUUCAGGCCAGUCAAAAGGAUGAGGAAUACAAGUCCUAUUUUAGGAAUUCUCUGGGUGAAUUAUUUAAAGACUUAAGUGAAACACAGUCCUGGAUCAAAUGGAAAGAGGAAAUUGGACUAAUAGGAGAUAUUAUUUACUAUGGCGUGACUACACUUUCUGGUUACCAAACACUAGGAGAGGAGUAUUGCAGUUUAAUUCAGGUUGAUAAAACAGGACAAAGGAUUCCAACAAAAUGGCAAAGAAGCACAAUGAUUCUUACUCAAGUUGUCAUUCCGUACGUAAGCAAGAAAUUUAUAAGAAGACUUGAACAAACCUUGCAGUGUACUAGUACACUUGAUAGUCAGUCAAGAAUCAAGAAUAUAAUCCUAAUUUUACUGCCACUUCUGAAGCAAUCUAUAAAUGUUCUCCACCAACUCCAUUUGGCAACCUUUUAUUUUUCAAGUAUUUAUUAUGAUAUUGCAACUAGAGUGUCACAAAUUCAAUAUAUUUUGGCCCGUGGUGUAGUUAAAAAUGACUACUAUAGCCCUACUUACAGGGUUUUAGGCUGGGUAACAUUGUUACAUUUUAUCAUGUCUGUUCUUCAGCUUGCACAGCAAUCAAUAGAGAUAAUUCCCAAAAUCAAAGAUAUAAUGAAUAGCACACUGGAACUAGAAGUAAAAGCCUCUUCAAAAGAGAGUGACAUAAGAGAAUUUAAAUGUACCUUGUGCUUAGAAAGAUUACAUGACAUGACAGCAACAAUCUGUGGUCAUUUAUUUUGUUGGUAUUGUAUUAAUGAAUGGUGUAGAAAUAAAGCAGAAUGUCCUUUAUGCAGAGAAGAUUUGCAAACACAACAAUUAGUUUAUUUACAUCAUUUUCACCCUACAUGAAUUUCAAAUUAAAGUGUGUUAGGGUUCAUUGUUAUAUUUCUCCAUACUAUGAUGUUAUG